AUGGAGAGUGGGAGUCUGGGGCCAAAAAAACAACAAUCACGGAAGUGGAAAGCCAUCACCCACCCACGUCUGGUCAGAGAGCAGGUACAGCGGUCAACAGUGCAUGGGGCUUACCUGUCAAGAGUCUCAUUGUGUCGAGAACGCAGUGGAGAGGAAACUCAGAGAAGUCCAGAGUUCAAACGGCCAGGGAAGUAUGGAGACAUGGUGCCAAAGACAAUAGCUGGGAAGAUCUUCGGCUCCAUCUGCUCGCUGAGCGGUGUGCUGGUGAUCGCUCUGCCCGUCCCUGUUAUUGUCUCCAACUUCAGUCGCAUCUACCACCAGAACCAGAGAGCAGACAAACGCCGCGCUCAGAAGAAAGCCAGACUGGCCAGGAUAAGAAUAUCCAAGUCCGGCAGCGCCAACGCCUUCAUCCAUAACAAACGCAACGGACUGCUCAACGAACUGCUGGAGCUGACGGAUAAGGAAGAGGAGGAGCAGAAGCAGGCGAAGUCCCCCUCCCUGAUUGAGAUCCAACACCACCACCUACUGCACUGUCUGGAGCAAACCACAUUGGAAGCAAGAAACAAAGCUCAUGAGUUUGUGGACGAGCAGAUGUAUGAGCAGAACUGUUUAGAGAUGGCUCUGCAGACAUACACGUCACGCAGCCCCUCCGUAUCCAGCGAUGACAGUUCUUCAGGGACCUGCUGCGGCCGUAGAGUGAAGAGAAACAUGCCUCUACCCAACACCAGCCUGCCCUCCGCCCACCCUGUACCAACACACCAGAGCCCCCUGCAGGAGCUAAGUGCACUCCACAUACAAUGUGGGGAUGCACCGUCACACACCAUCAGUCGUUCAACUCUCAACCUGAAAAAGGACAACAGCAGCAGGAUCAACUGCAAGGGAGGUGGUCGGAUCACCACGGCGAUCAUCAGCCUCCCCACACCUCCAGCUUUGACCCCUGACGGUGACGGUCUCCACGGGCCCCCUCAAAGGAGGCCGCCCCCACCUCCGGGUCUCCCUGCAACACCAAGCAUCCAGACCACAACAAGCUCCGCUGGGAUGAACAUCGUCAAAGUGUCUGCUCUGUGACUUCCUGUGUGAUGGAUGUAACUCAGCCCAGCAGGAGGAGAGAGGAGAGGAAAAAAAAGAAGAGGUCACACACUACCUUCAUGGCAGCACUCUGUCCGGUCUCACAGGGUCGACAGGAGGAAGGCUGAUCCCCUGAGGAGUCACCAGUUGUUGUGUAAGAGAAGACAGUUGAUGUUGAGGCAUUGCAGAGGAAGAGGACUGUAGAUAUGUGAACCAGGAAUCACACACUUGUCAUGUCUUGUUUGCACUGUAGAUAUGGACAGAAUCACUGCAUUUCUAAAAGUUGAUAACAGCCGUGAAGAUGAUUUACAGCCUGUACUGUACUGGGGAAGAGACUCAAAGACAAUGUGCAAACAACAUAUCUCUUUUCAUAAUCAGCCAACUCUUUCCACACAACACAGUGUCACAGGAAGAUGAAAGUGCAGUCACAGUGAAAUAGUAAAAAAGGACAUAUUGUCGACUUGAAAUGUGUUUAAAGUACAACGUGUGAGCUGAAGCAAAGUGUUGACUGUUUUUACUUGAAUUUGUUUGGUCUUGUUUGUGUUGUGUGUUGUUUGUUUCAAGUUUGAAAAAAAUAAUUGUUCACAGUUUUCUAUACUGCAGCGUUUCAAAGGUCAUGGCACCCGACCGGAUGCUGCAAAUGUCUUAUUGGUAAAAUGUGAGUUUGAUGUGUUUGAAAGAGUGUAUUUUCUUGGAUAUUUGUGUCUGAUUAAUCAUAUCAAGAUUUAAACCAAUCUGUGAAUUUCAGUUUCCAGUGAUUGAUAUCACUCUUCCUUCAUGACUUUAUAGAUUUUUCAUUCUGAUGCGAGACAAAGCAGUGAUUUAUAAGACUGAUCUUAUAUAUUUCUGCUUAAGGCACACAUCUUAAAGGUCACAUAUUGUGCAAAAUACACUUUACCAUGUUUUUCUAACUCUAGCAUGUGUCC